AUGUUUGGCCAAAUCAUAACGGGAAACUUGGUAAAUGUAAAUGAUUCUUUAGUAGCUUUGGAAACAAAGUUUGGUUGGACCGUUAUGGGGACACAAAAAAGUAAUAAUAAAAUAAACACGUUUGUUUCAACUUAUUUUACUGACUCAUUGAGUACUUUAUGGAGUUUAGAUGUUCUGGGUAUAAAAGAUCCAGCAGAGACGAAAUGUCGAGAAGAGUUAGACAUUCGCACAUUAGAAAAAUUUAAAGAAAGCACUGUGGUAAAUAGUGAAAAUAGAUAUGAAAUUUGUUUACCAUGGGCAGAAGGUUAUCCGGCUAUAACCUCUAAUUUUAAUUUAGCUGAAAAGCGACUUUUUUCUACCACAAAACGGUUAAUUUCUCUGAACAAGCUUACAGAGUAUGACAAUAUAUUUCAAGAUUGGGAAAAUACAGGAAUCAUUGAAGAAGUAGAAGAAGAGCCGUUGGAAAAGAAUACGCACUACUUGGCACAUCACGCAGUUGUCAAAGAGUCCAGUUUAACUACGAAGAUCCGACCAGUGUUUGAUGCAUCAGCUAAAGAUGGUAACGGUAAUUCUCUUAAUGAUUUACUGGAAAAGGGUCCAAAUCUAAUUGAGCUAAUAAUACCUUUAAUUUUAAAGUUCAGGUUACAUAAAAUUGGGGUAACGUCAGACAUAGCGAAGGCAUUUUUGCAGAUAAGCAUUUCAGAGAAAGAUAGGGAUUUUUUACGAUUUUUGUGGUGGAAAAACUAUGAAAAAAGAGAAAUAAAAAUAUUUAGACAUUGUAGAGUAGUUUUUGGGCUAAAGCCAAGUCCGUUUCUUUUAGCAGCAACAGUUAAUUUGCAUUUAGAAAAGGAAAAAACAUACACAGAAACAGCUAAUCAACUUCUUAACGCAUUUUACGUAGACAAUUGUGUUUUUAGCGUUAGGAAUGAAACAGAACUUAAAAAAUUUAUUGAUGAGUCAACAGAAAUUCUAAAGAAUGCAAAAUUUGAUAUUCGAGGGUGGACUUUUAAUGAAAAUAACGAUACGUAUGUUUCUAGCGUCAAUGAAAAAUUAGAAAAUAAGGUUAUCUCUAUUUUGGGUAUACAGUGGAAUUACCAAACUGACACUUUAGCGUGUGAUAUAAAAAAUUUAGACAGUGUUGACGAGAUUCCUAGAACAAAAAGAGGCAUUUUAUCUGCAACGCAGAGAGUUUUCGAUCAUAUUGGUUUCACUGCUCCAUUUACGUUAAUACCGAAAAUCUUAUUGCAAGAGACUUUGAGCUUGAAAUUGACGUGGGAUCAAAAAUUACCCGACGAUAUCAAAAACGUUUCGAAAUUUGGUUAA